CACUGUGAGUGUUGAUACUUUUUUCUAUAAGUUUGGUCAAAGUAGAGAUACUUUGACUUUGAACAAAAACUUAUAUGCAAACUAAAAAGGAGCGGAGGGAGUAUCACUAUAUGCAUUCGUUUAUGCAAAUGAUGUGCUUUGAGGAUCUUAUACAAUGAUGUGUUUUUUCCUUUGCAUAUGUUAGGAAAGUUUGUGGUUAGUUAUCUUUGCGUGAUUUAUCGAAGUUAUGUUUUAUAUGCAAUCAAAUUAUGUUUGUUGGUAAAAUAUCUCAAAUAAUUUUAUUUUGGAGGUUUUUGAUUUUAUGCUGUCAUUUAUUUGAGAUCUUUGUCAGUUGACACAAAGUAGAGCAUAUGCUUCACAUAUUUCUUACUUUCCAUGAGGAGCUACUAAAUAAUAAUAGGUUUACAGGGUUCUCUUAUUGAGAUGACUGACCCUAAGAGAGGCAUCACAAUGGUAGCCCCUGCUCUAGUUGAGUUUGACAUGAGGAUCAAGAAAGGAAAGCAAGAAGAUGAUCUACAACUAAUUGAUGGUGCAAUGGAGUACCAUGAUCUAGUCACACCUGAGUAUCCAUUCACGCAUCAGAUUAAUGGCGAUUGUGGUGCGGUUGACAUCACUUUAGCCCUCGUUCGUUGGGCAUUUGAGGCCACAAUAGAUGUUGUCAUAUCGAAAGUGCAGUGUGGAUUUGAUUUAUCUCUCAGUUCGUGUGUUUUCCUUAUGAAUGGUUUACAUGAGAUUCAACUCUUUCGUGGCAGUGUUGUUGAGUCAUGUGGUUUAAGAAGAUAUGUGAUUGCUGUAAAGAAGGAUACUUUGAUGUAUUUGAAGUUCAAGCUAGGCCGGAAUAGUUGUAAAAAUGAUCUUGAUCACCAUUGUUCCUUCAAAGCAAAAAAGCAUGGGCACGACUAUCAGCAAAUCAUGCUUGAGCUUGCCUCUAUCUCAGUGAAGGUGACUUGGUCGAACUUGCAAAGGUAA